AGAUGCGCAGUGACUGAAUUGAGGCGUUAUUAAUAAACUACGCCCGCCCUUUCAAUAGCAUUCGUACGUAGUUUGCUGCACUAGAGCAAGGUAUGUGGGGGAACAAAAGAAAAAGUCUACUGGUAUUGUAGUCUAUCAGAUUUCAGACAUAUCGUGAAAAGCUCGAAGGACGAGUUAAGUUUCGUUUCUCCCUCGCAGCCUCAUCUGACGUUUCAUCAUGGCCGAGAUGGACGACAGUCAGUUUUCUCUGAUGAGUCUGGAGGAUGAACUGACCUGCAGCAUCUGUCUGAGUCCCUUUGACUGUCCGGUGACCAUCCCCUGCGGACACAACUUCUGCCAGGAAUGUCUCCUUGACACCUGGAAGGAGGACUCGUACAGCUGUCCUCAGUGUCGGACCCACUUCGCCACCAAACCGGAGCUGAAGAAAAACACGGUCCUCAGCACCGUUGUGGAGACUUUCAACUUGAGUACGAGCAAGUGCGAGGCCGGCCUGAAAGAGACGUCAGAGGAGAGCGAUGAAGCCGAGGAGGAGGAGGAGGAGGAGGAGGAGGAUGUCAUACGUUGUGAUACAUGUAUGGAAGCAGAAGCGUCCCAGACCUGCCUCACCUGCAUGGCCUCUUACUGCGAGGAGCACCUGCGGCCUCACCGGGAAAACCCGAAGUUUAGCGUCCACCAACUGAUUGAGCCUCUCGGCGACCUGUCGGAGCGUAUCUGCCCGGACCACCACAAGCUGAUGGAGCUCUUCUGCAGCCAACAUGGCCGCCCAAUCUGCAGCCUCUGCCUCCAGCAAGUCCACAAAGGAUGCUCCUUCAUUUCUCCAGAGGAGCAGAGGGACCUGAAAGAGAUUGAACUCAGAGACAAGUUGGGUGUGCUGGAUGGGAAGAUUGAGAAGACUGAGAAUGUUAUGUUUCAAAUCAAUGACAUGCAGAGAAAGCUGAAGGACGCAGCAACCAAAAGGAAGACAGCAUAUGCAGCUGUGUACCAGCAGAUGCGGGAUAUGCUGGCCCAAGAAGAACGCGAGGCCCAACAUGAGGUGGACGGCGAGCUGGAGAUUUGCCAGACAAAACUUCGGGACUUCAUGAAGAGAUUGACUGAGAAUAUGGACAACAUGACCAAAGCCAGAGAAGAUGUCAACAGUCUGCUGAGUGAAUCCCAAACAGUGGCCUUUCUACAGGCGUCAUUUGACUUGCCUAGGGUUGCUAAGUUUGAACCUCACGCCCCUCGAAUCAACCUGGACUCCAAGAAGGUGACGGCAACACAGGCCUUCUCUACUGCCCUGAAGGAGCAUCUGACAGACCUCCUGAAACAGCCGGUUGACGCCAGACUGCUGAAACUUAAACCAGGUAACUGUGCAGAUGAAAAAGCAGUUCCUGUCUCAGCACCUGCAAGUACUACUGGAUCUCAGCCAGAAUUUGAAGUACCAGAGCCUCCACCGCCCAUGUCCCACAGUCCAGCCUGUCCACCCAUGCAGCCGUAUUACCAGCCAGUUCCUGUUCCUGUUUAUAUGGGGGGUGGAUUCCAGCCUUCACAUGCAGGCUGGAACCAAGCCCAUCAUCCACCAGGCCCUCAUUGGGGGCCGCGGUUUACUGGAGGACAAAAGACAAACCCUCAGGAAUAUCAAGUAAAAAAACAGAAGAAAAUCGUCUGCAAGCCAGCUCAUAAAGCCAUCCCAAACAAGGCUGGGGAAUCGUGCAACAGAAGCCAUACAGUCAAAAACAAAGACAAGAAAAGUGAUGCCAGUCACCAGCCCUCCCAAAAACAAGACAAAAGGCCUAACCCUAAACCAGGAGGAAAUAACCCAGGUGCCAAAGGAACUGCUUCCACUAAGAAAGACAAUCCCAGAAGCCAUCCUCCAUCAGAGAAAACAACUAAGCACCAUCCAUGGCCUAAAACUAAGUAGACACAGCACAUGUGUUUGCGUCAGCAGUCCUGAUACAGCGAGGCACUGUUAAGCUCCAUUUUCACGAUGCACCAGUCUUAUCAGUCGAUCACAUGAUAGGGAACGGCACUAUCCCGUUGCUUUUUCAGUGCUUAAAUCAACAGCACACAUACUUUGGCGCUUGUUUGCAUGACUUUGAAUAAUUAUCAUUAUGAAUAUGUGCUGUAUUUUUUUUUUUUUUUUUUUACAUAAGGACAAUAUGCGUGUGAAUAAAUGAUUGGGUAGCAGUUGCUUUAAAAUGAACACGAGAUUUUCAAGCAGCUUGACUUUGGUAUUUGUUUAACUGGUAAAUGAUUAACCCAUUCCAAUGUAAUGAUGUCAGUGGGAUCGUUUUAUGCUACCCAACAGGAGCAUAGGGCUGCUAUGAUCUCUAGGCCUGGGUAUCGCCAAUGAUUUCCCCAAAUCAAUUCUAUUCCGAUUCCAUUCUCGACAUCGAUUAGGUUAGGGGAAUUUCAGAUGAAUUAAUUGAUAUCAGAUCACUCAAAAAAAAAAAAAAAAAAAAAAAAAAAAAGACCAAUUUUAAUUGGAGGAUUGAUUAUUUUAACCCAGCCAUUAUGACCUCUGACCAGGGAUCAUAGCAGCAGUUUCUUCUUCAAGUGACUUAGAAUAGACCUUAAUUAAAACACAGAGACAUGUGGCUUGUAUAAGAAAAUAUUUAUGGGAAUGUGUUCAAAUCACUUCAUUACAUUCAGUUCAAUCAAAAAUCUGUUUUCUGUCGUAACAAUUUCACCAAACCCUCUUUACUGCCAUUGUGUAAACAGCUGUUUUACAUGAUUGUUACCAAUAACAGCAUAUUCUCUACCAGACACCGUUUCUUUGUCUUUCAUUCCCGAUUAGCAGUGGCCACAUACGGCUUCCUCUUUAUUGAUCACAUCAUAAUCAAAAUGAAUUAUCAUUUUGUCAUUAUCUGCACAUUCUUAUAUGCCUUUAAGGUUCUCUUAUUUGUACAGAUAUUUGACCGCAAAAAAGUAAGCUUAUUUAAAUAUAUAUUAAUUAAUAAUGAAAACAGUUUGGUACACAACACAGUGAAAUUUGCCUUGAUAAAUUGGAGUCUAUACAAAUACUGUUCUAUAUCUGCCAAGAUUUAACAAAUAACGGAUUCGACUGACUCGAAUUGGGAACAUCUAAAACAACAUAUAACAUCACAGUCAUGUCCCUCCACCCCUAACAAUACAACCUGUCAAAGUGUUUAGCCACGCUAGCAACUGUCAUUAUAUGCCAGUGGACACAUUUGUCUGAUGGUUUCAACAUGGAGACCCAUAGGCGGAAUUUACAGGAGGGAUUACAACCCCUCCAAUAACCUCCAAUAAUCAAAACUGCCCCCCCCCCAGAACCUUAUAUAAUUUCCUUUACAUAAAUAAAGACAUUUGCACCAUAAAUUGAUGCAGAAAAGGCACAAAUUGUUGCAGAAAGAUUCAUCCGGAAUGCAAAAAGAGGAAGCGUUUGAUGCUAAAAAUUCAAAUUUUGUUCAAAAGUGGAGAUCUCAACCCCCCCCCAAUAUUGAACACAGAGUUACGCCCUUGACGACGCUACUUUGCCGUUGUUAAAUCCUUACCACUAGUGGGGCAAAAAAAAUUCAAUAGUGGGGCCAGUAAAAAGGCUACGUUCAAUCAACAGGCGUAUCUUCUCUGCAAUGGCCGCUUUUGGACAGCUUUCACUCCGCUCAUCAGACUCAGCUGUACGUUGUCAACGGUCAUCCGAUCAAAGCUGUAUAAUCAGGUUUUUGCUUCGCCCACUUGGGGGAGGGGGGGGGCAUGACUCCACAACAAGUGGAACCUCCCACACCUUUGACAUAUUUUGGUUUUAUGAAGUUGCAGUGCCGAAUAUAUUAGCAAACUAAAGCCUAGUUAUGCAGACAUGGGGAACAUGUUUCUGGUAACUGUAAAUUCAAAUUUUUGUCUCUUUUUAGCUGUUUUGGUCUGCAGCAUGUGCGGCUCUUUAGCCGCUAAGCUAGCACAUUAGCUAGCUAAUAGCCAGUUGCUGCUUUGGCUGUGUGCUGUUGGUGCUGCGCACAUGACAUCCGGUGGGUUUAUCAGAGCUUCCUGCUGCUGCUGGAAACAAAGUUGAUGAGAUUCAACCAAGAUCGUCAUAAAACCAUAAACAGAAUUAUUAAAUAAUUGGGAUUAUGAUUUUUUUUUUUCAUAAAUCGGGCAGCCCUAUAUUGAGGUAUAUCUUUUUUUUUUUUUUUUUUUUUUCAACUAGGCCCAUGCUGCUAGCGUGGCUGAAAACCUGCCAAUAAACCCCAGUUACAUGUAAGCUAAUUCAGUGCAAACACGAGACACACGCACACAACUCUGGUAAACAUGGAGGAUAGGGUUGAAGUUCAAACAGGUGUCCUUGAGCGAGAAGACAUUCACCAAACAAACAGAGAGGGCGAUGAAACCACGAGGCUUGGUUACCUGCCAAGGAGGUGCAUAUUCCAGAAGCAUAGGCAUCACACGGCUAAAAACGGAUCCCUGGUCAGCCUCAUGAGCAGCGAGUUGGGUCCAGGUUCAUUAAGAAAGCAUUAACUAACAUUCUACAGACUUUUUUUUUUCCUUUCUUUUUUUCCGGAUAUGGCUGUGAGCAACAGGCAACCCUACUGCAAUAAAAACAGGACCACCUCGAAUGGCAAAAUUAAAAUUUCCUGACGGGUAGGCUAUUUGACACAGAAAAACAAAGGACGUGUUGCACGCAUUAUGUGGAGUACAGGAGCGAUGCAACAAAGAAAACGCAACAGUUACAUGCAAGUAACUCUGAUGGUAUUAAUAUUAAACUGUAGAGGUUUUAAGAGAAGACCAACUCUACUUGACCCGUCUACAGAGAAUACUGUCUUUAGCCUGCCAUCUAGUGGUGACUAUUUGGUAAACCACAAAUGAGGAAAA